CUAAGGUGGCAACACAAUGGCCAGCCUUACGGAACAGGACUAUGACAGUGCCACACCGGCACUGCAACAGGAAAUGAAUCUGGCCAGACGCGCCUGCUGGAGCAGCAGGAAAACCAGCAAGGAAUGUCCUUUGAAUGGUGCUAUAGAGAUUAAUGGAACCACAGCCAGGCACAGGCACAGGCACAGGAUAGAGUUAGUUGAAACCAAAAAUAAUGAACAACCACCGAUGAGAACAACCUGCUGCUGCACAUCCAAUCAGAGGAGCAGAUGGAUGCCACUUGGUGGCUUAAACCGAAGGAUGCUUGUCCUUUGCGCCAUCUUUUGUCUGCUGGCGGGCACCACUCUGGCACGCCCCAACACCAGGGCCAGUGUGGGCGCGGCCUCGACAGCGGAUGGAGCGGAAGGAGCUGUCACCCAAGGAAAUCUGGCAGAGACAACAGCGGAAACAGCAGUGGGCCAUGAUGCGACAACGCCGCCUCUGAAAGUGCCACGAGUGGAAUCCCUGGAAGAGAUGACUGCCUUGGAGAUGAAAGCAGAUGCAGAUGAUGGUGGUGGCCAUCAGGAGAUAAAGCGGUAUCCGCUCUCUCAGGUGGACUUUGGUCAUGUCAAGACUCCGUUCAUCAUUGGAGUGUGGAUACUGUCGGCUAGUAUAGCCAAAAUUGGUUUCCAUAUGACGCCCAAAUUGCAUCUAAUAUUUCCGGAAUCAUGUCUACUGAUUGUUGUGGGCGUGGCCAUCGGUGUAGUCCUAUAUUUCUGCACCGAUGUGGCCGUCUCCCCACUGACCCCCAACACGUUCUUCUUCUAUAUGCUGCCACCGAUUAUCCUGGAUGCGGGGUACUUUAUGCCCAAUCGAUUGUUCUUUGACAACCUUGGAACCAUCCUGCUGAUGGCCGUUGUCGGAACCAUCUUCAAUAUAGCCACAAUCGGAGGUGCACUGUAUGCCUGUGGAUUGACGGGCAUCUAUGGGGAGACCGAGACGCCAGGACUGAUGGAUAUCUUCCUGUUUACAUCGCUGAUAUCCGCCGUGGAUCCGGUGGCUGUGCUGGCCGUAUUCGAGGAGAUACACGUCAAUGAGAUCCUAUAUAUUGUUGUCUUUGGCGAAUCCCUGCUGAACGAUGCCGUUACGGUUGUCAUGUACCACAUGAUGGAGGGUUACACCACCAUUGGAUUGGACAAUGUGAUACCCCAGGAUAUAUUUAGCGGUUGCGGUUCCUUCUUCAUUGUGGCCCUGGGUGGCACAGCCAUUGGCGUCAUUUGGGGCUUCCUGACGGGUCUGGUGACACGUUUCACCGAUCAUGUGCGUGUAAUUGAACCCAUCUUUAUCUUUGUGAUGGCCUAUCUGGCAUAUCUAAAUGCGGAAAUCUUUCACAUGAGUGGUAUAUUGGCGAUAACCUUCUGUGGUAUUACAAUGAAGAACUAUGUAGAGUCGAAUAUAUCCCAAAAGUCGCACACAACCGUGAAAUAUGCUUUAAAGAUGUUAUCCAGUUCGGCGGAAACGAUUAUAUUUAUGUUCCUAGGCGUGGCCACGGUCAACAAUAUGCAUGUAUGGAAUACAUGGUUUGUGAUCCUAACCAUUACAUUUUGCUCUGUAUUUCGGGUGUUAGGUGUUAUCCUUUUGACGGCCAUUGCCAAUCGCUUCCGUCUCCAUAAGCUGUCGGCUGUGGAUCAGUUUGUGAUGUCCUAUGGCGGCCUUCGUGGCGCUGUGGCCUUUGCCCUCGUGCUGCUGGUCGAUGAGAAUGUGGUCAAGCAAAAGAAUAUGUUUGUGACCACCACCAUAGCUGUGAUCUACUUUACUGUCUUCCUGCAAGGCAUCACCAUCAAGCCGCUGGUCAGCAUAUUGAAUGUGAAGCGUGCAAAUAAGCGUAAACCCACCAUGAAUGAGCGUAUACACGAGAGGUUUAUGGAUCACUUGAUGGCUGGCAUUGAGGAUAUUGUGGGCAAGACGGGCAACUACAAUGUGCGUGAUAAAUUCAAGCGUUUCGACAAUCGCUUUAUCCGCCCCCUGAUUAUAAGGGAUCUGAAGGGCGCCGAACCGAAGAUCAUUGAGACGUACUCGAAGCUAACGAUGCGCGAUGCCAUGGAGGUGAUGCGAAGGAAUCCCUCGACAAUUGGGCAAAUGACUGGCACCGAAUCGAUGAGCGCUCUGUUUAGGAAUUAUACCAAUAACUAUAUUGGUGUCAGGUGGGCACCGCCAACCAUAUAUACCACAUGUCCCAGUCUGACAAAUCUAGACAAUACAUGUUCGCGAAAUCUGGACAUGGCUGAGCUGGACUACAAUCCAUCCAAGAAGGAUCUGACUGAUGCCAAGAUCCAUCAUAUGUUGGCCGAAGAGCUGAAGCCUUAUAGAAGGGCCUCAAUACAAAUGCACCGUCGUCUUAGUUAUAGCCGACACGCAGUAGAUGACAGAGAUUUAUCCACCCAGGUCAAUUACAAAAUGCAAAUGAAUUUCCGAAGGAUGUUCAAUGAUCGCAAACAUCACAAGCGCAGCAAACGUGGAGCUAGCAAUAAGGAACCCAAGGAGAAUGUCAAACAGAAUCAUGUCUCGUUCCAUGAUUUCCAACAGAACGGCACCACCAAGCAGCUCGCCAAUGACUAUAUUAACAAUGUGCUUAAUGAAACAGCCGAGGAAGGCCAACAGAAUCCGAACGAGAUUAAUGUUGUUGGCCCCAGCGACGAUUGGGAUGACGGCCUGACCUUCACAGCUAAAUCAUCACCUGACUCGGAUCGCGCAAAUAACAAUUCUCUGAUAGCCCACAUACAAAACCUGCCUGGUUUUGAUGCCUCUAAGGCACGAAUCGUCGUACAGCAUUAUGCCCCGAUGGCCGAUGAUCCCGACUCCGAGUUAGACUCGCCGGAUCCAGUUGGACCCACAGCGGCUGAAUUGAUAUUGCCCUGGCGACGGGACCGUUCAUACCAGAGCAUUGUUGCCGAAAAUCCCAUACCCGAGGAGGAUCGGAAUUUGUCCCGCGAAUCGGAUGGAGAACGACGUGUGGCCACUCCCACGGCCACCGAGUCGCAGUUGCCGUGGAAGCGCGGCGGGGAGGAGUGCACGGAUGCAGUGCAGCAGAACGAGUUUCCUGCCUGGGCCUCAAACAAGGAGUACUUGGCCUACAAUUCCCCAAGCGCAACAUUCCUAGGUGGUAUAAACAAGCCUAAACAGCCCAAGUCCGUCAUAGGUCUCUUCCGGCGUGAGAGUAGCAGUUCGAAGGGCGGCAGCAUUGGCAUCGGCAGCACCGGUGCUGUGGACGCCUCUGCCAGCGGUGAUCCCAUGGUUGUGCCUUCUUCUGCUAUGAUUCUGGGCCCCCCAGGUGCGGCCCUGAGCACAGCCCCCUCCACGUCCAUGCACAAUCCGCGCCUGGACAAGCGCUCCCAAUCGAUAUCAUCGGGUUCGCUGGGUGGCGGCGGCAGCGGUGGCGUCGUCCCCCACCAUCAACUGGGUCCGGAUGGACACUCCGGCCCGUUUCCAGUCACCGCCAGCCAUCGGCGGAAUGUGCGACGCGGCUCCAUGCUGGAGCUAAGCGGACUUCUUGUAACUGGACGCAGACCCAGUAGAAUUUUGCAUAUUAGUCCGGGAGCCGCUACUUUGCUAGAAACAGCCAAGAUCACAGCAACUCCUUCUCCUCCACCUCCUUGUACUUCUUCACGACCUUCUACUUCAACAACAACUACAAUAACAACAGUUCCAACAACACCAACAUCAACAACAACAAUAACUACAUCCACAACCAAGAACAAGAACAACACCUUCAACAAUCCAACAGAAAGCACAACUGGGAGCGCCUCAAGCUCCACGCCCACCUCCACCACAUCGGAGAGUAGCGCCACAUACUACUAUCCCAAUGACACAAUACCCGAGGAAUCAACGUACCAACACGGACACUCCAAGUCCCUCUGCGAGCCGGCGGACACCGACGACUGGGAGGGUGCUCCUCUGACCGCCGCCAGCGGAGCCAACAGUGAGCGUCUUAUGCAGAGUGGUCGGGAGCCCCUUCUGCCGCGUCUUGGGGCCACGCCUCGAGCCCAGAUCCGACGUAUGAACGCGGGAGCGGUUGGCGGCUCGGCGGUGGGCGUACCUGGCAGAAAAAAUCAGGUGACCACGGCAUUGCUGGACUACGAGGACACCGACACGGACUCCGAUGAGGAGGAGGAGGAUGACGAUGAGGACGAGGAUUUUGAUUUGUAUGACGACGAGAAUAUUGUGGUCACCACCUUUACGACGCCCGCCACACGAAUAGGAUCGAGUCCAGGUUCCACUUCAUCGCCCACCACCACGACGACGACGACGAGCAUUCGCCUGACACGGAACAACGACGAAAGCAUCAUUUGAGUGCCAAGUACCGAGGGCGAUGUGGAGGAGAAAACACGUUGUCCGAGUCGUACCCGUUCGAGGAGUGUGUUCCAGUACGAGAUGUUCUACUAGGGGUCUGCAAUUUGCAAUCUACGAUACGAUGACGAUGGGAUAUACAUUUAUAUGGAUUAGUUUUAAGCAUAAAGUUGACAAAAGUUGCAAAAUAGUUUCUCCGAAAACGGUUUAAAACAAAAAGCUUUAUAAUUAUUAACAACAAAUCAGACACAAAAUUAGAUAAAAAUACAAAAAAGAAAAUUAAUGAAAUUGGAAUGUAUAUAGAACGAAAUUUGAGCCACAAAUUGAUUUAUUCUUGUUCCUCGUUUAAGUCGCUUCUUAAGCUUUUCAUUCUUCAUAGAUCCCCGACGGAGGGACACUUCCAGUUUUUGUUUAGGGUUUAGUCGCGGAAAAUUGUUAUAAUUAUUGUACCGUGAACAUGCACAGUACAUAAACAGUAUAGAACCGAUAUUUAUAUAUACUUUAGUGAUUACAGCUGAUGUGUUCCAAAUAGCAAGCAAGCAUAUUAAUUGUGUAAUAAUUAAACAAAGCGUAGCCAAAGUUCAUUGUGUAAGCCUAUGAGAAUCGUUGAUUUCGUUGUGUUUUAGUUUAGCGAAAAUGUACCACUUACUAAAAAUAUGUAAGCUCAGAUUCAGAUACAGAUCCGUACUUAAGCGUGCACUUAGUUCGAUAUGAAAAUAGUAAAUCGCCGAGUUUAGUUCAAUUUUAGCCUUAGUUCUAUGUGUAACACCUUAUUUCUGUAUAGCCGCAGAGUCAAUACUAAGAAUUAUCGAUGGGAUGUAACUAAAAAUUAAAAUUAAAAAUGGGAAUAAAAGUUUAGUGCAUUUUUAACUUCUUUUCGUUUCGGAUAGUGGCAGAUCUGUUGGCCCAAAACUAUAAAAUAUAAAUACAUAUACACAAAAAUCGAGUAAAUGGCAAGAGUUAUGUAAUUUAUAAAUUAUUUUUGUAAACAUUUACGAACGAUAAUGAUAAAGAUAACUAAUAAAAAUGUUUAGGGAGUGCGAAAGAGUUUUGUGAACGAUUUUUAAGAGUGUGGACACUGAGUGUAUGACUAUGAUUGGGGCAUGUGAAAGUGAAAGAUUAAAAUGCUCAAAUCAAAGCAAAGUAAUUACUAAGAAAUACAUAGUUGAAUAUCCAAUAUGCUGAGGUAUUUAGAUUUAAAUAAUGCAGUAGAAUAAUUCUGCAUAGAGCACCAGAGCAGAACAGAAAAGAUCAGAAAGAGCCAACUAGAAACAAACAUACGAGUAGUAGCCAGUAUCCAGGAUGGGGAACGAAACCUACCUACCAACAAAUAUUUUCGUGUGUGUAUACAUCUCGGGUGUACGUAUGAAGAGGAACCUACCUACUAAUAUAAAAUACUAUACAUACAUAUAUAUUUUGUAAUUAAUGUGCAACGCGCCCUGUACCAAACUACGAGUAUAAUUUAAUUUUCUGCCUACAAUAUAAGUAGUUGGUAUUAUGAUUUAUCCAAGAAAUUGCCUUCUGAAUGUGCACGCUAGACCAGAUUGAGAGAGAUCUGCUUAAGUUCCAACUUCUGUCUACUGCAUAGAUAUUGUAAUAUUCGUUUUUAUGUGCAUUUUGAUUUCGAUCUGAAAGACAAUAAACAGCUAUAUGGAGGAACCCACUCGUCUCCUGGAAAUUGUCAUUUCAAUAAAUCUGAAAAGGAAAAAUUAAAAAAAAAAAAAAACAAAACAAAAACCAAAUCAGAGCUGUGUUACAUUAUGACCAGGUUUUCUAUAUAAACUUGACUUGUU